CACAAUAACAGUGACGAUCUCACUUUCCCCGCCCCGCGGCAUUGAAUGUGGAAAUUAUUAUUAUUUCUUAAUUAGGUGCUUGUUUGUUUUUUUAUUAUUAAAGGAGGACAUACACCUAAGAAAAAAACCGUUGUGUUCACUUUGAUAUAGGAAAAACUGUAGGUGUUUUCGUGUUUGGAUGAGUUCAACGCCGCUAAAGAGGUCGUACCGGGAUCUGCCGGUGUGGAUCGUGGAGGACCACCACCAUGUGGUGCAGCACAUAUACAGGGCCAUCGCCUCAAGACAUCUCCCACCGAGUAAUAUCAAGAUGAUUCAUUUGGACUCGCACCCAGAUCUUCUCAUCCCAGUCAACAUGUCUGCUGACACAGUCUUUGAAAAAGAAAAACUCUUCAGUGAGUUGAGUAUUGAAAACUGGAUAAUGCCCAUGGUGUAUGCUGGUCACGUGUCCAGUGUGGCGUGGUUGCAUCCAUACUGGGCCCAGCAAAUCCGAGACGGAGAACAGAAAAUGUGUGUUGGUCGAGACUCGUCAACCACCACCAUCAGAGUUUCCAGCACAGACAACUACUUCCUCAGUGACGGUCUGUUUGUCUGUGAGGAGCAGCUGGAGAACUCCAAGCCUUUCACACUCAGUGUCAUUCGAGUGAAUUCUGUCAAACCAAGCUGUGAAUCUCUUCCAGGGCCUGAGGCUGAGGCUAAAUGCUCAGCCAAAAGAUGUUGUACUGAGAGGAGUGAAAACGGGGAGACCAGUUGUCCGCGCACUGCUUCCCCACCCGCCACAUCAGUCCAGCCAGCAGAGGCCAGCGACAGAAGGGCAGGCGUGAGCAACAAAGAUGGUGAAGACGAUGAUGGAUCAACGAGUUAUGUUCUUGGGAGACUGGCUUUACUUCUUGGUCCAACUGAGCCGUUCAUCCUGGACAUUGACUUGGACUUCUUUUCCUGUAAAAACCCCUUCAGAGAGCUUUAUACAGAGGAAGAAUUCUCCAUCCUCAAAGAGCUAUACAACUUCAGAGAACCCAGCCCAAAUGCGGAUAAGGAGGAGGUUGAAGAGUGUGUAGAGCUUCGUGUUCGUCAGUUAGAAGACCUUGAAGCAGCAUUUGCUGACCUGUUGGAGGACGACGGAGAUGAGACUGUUUCACGCUGGGCCGGCAACCCAGGAUUGUCAUCUUUAACCCAACUGAUUUCUAGUUUGAAGGCAAGAAAUCCUUCUCCUGACUAUGAAAUGGUUCACCAGGCGGGGUUAACCUGCGACUCUGCAGAGCUUCCUCACCAUGUCAGCACUGACGAGGAGAUUGAUAGACUCAUCUCAGCUGUGCGGCGUUUCCUCACCGCUUUACCCAAACCUACUCUGGUCACCAUGUCUAGAUCUAGUCUGGAUGAAUACUGUCCUAUCGAACAAGUGGAUUCAAUCCAACAUAGAGUUCUCACUGCACUUGAGAGUCUGUAUGGAGUUCUAGACUUACAUGAAGACUAUGAAAAGUGCAAGACAGACACUCAAGACUGCCAGCCCCAGGCUACAUAACAAACACACCAAAAUACACCAUUUCUUGAUGACAUCUCUGGAGUUUACAUCCAAGACACUGGGUGGAAAAUGAAAAUGUUGUGAAUUGUUUAAUGGCUGAAUAUCGAGAUGCUACAAGGAUCCAGGUUCAAACUAAGCAAAACUAAUCUACAUUUGUACAACAUCCUGAGAACUGACAAAAAAAAAGAUUAAAACAUCACUUCAUAAUAAU